AUGACCCUUGAUCGUGCAUUGGACUUCUACAACAAUUAUGCUCGAUAUGUUGGGUUUGACACCCGUAAGAAGGGAUCGAAAAAGGAAAAAGAUGUCAUUACUUGGAUUUAUGUGGUGUGUAGCCGAGAAGGUACAAAGCAAAGAAAAAAUGAACAACAUGAGGUGAAACGCAAGCGUUCUUCUAUUAAGUGCUUUUGUAAUGCUAAAGUGUCUUGGAAGUUUUUUAUGGGUGUUGGUUAUGUUAUACUACAAAGUUUUGUUGAAGAACAUAAUCACGAGAUGGUUGAGGAACGCCAUAAGCGUUUUAUGAAGUUGAACCGCAAUUUGGAUUUAGUCCAUCAGAAAUUCAUACUUGAUUGCGCUAAUGCAAAUAUCGGUCCAACUUUAAGUUUUAGCUUACUCAAGGAAGUACUUGGUGGAUUAGAUUAUGUAGGGUGUACUGUUUUAGAAGUGCGCAACUACAGACGCGACCUUAGAGCAUACGUGGAAGGAGCUGAUGCACAAAUGCUAUUAAAUGAGAUGCGCAGGAAGAAGGAACUUUGUGGAGCAUUUACCUAUGAAUUUGAGGUCAACUCAAAGGAUAGACUGACACGUUUGUUUUGGUGUGAUCCAACUGCCAAGAAAAAUUAUCAUUUGUAUGGUGAUAUUAUUUCUUUUGAUAUGACAUACUCAACAAAUAGGUACUGCAUGAUAUUUGCUCCUUUUACGGGCAAGGAUAAUCAUGGUCGCCCUGUGACAUUUGCUGCUGGCCUUUUGUCCAAGGAAAAUGCCGACUCCUUUUCAUGGUUAUUUAAACAAUUUGUGAAAUGUAUGGGUGUGGCUCCGAAGCUAAUCGUAACCGACCAAGACUUAGGAAUGAAAGUUGCUAUUGCAGAGGUUCUUCUUAGUACGAGACACAGGUGGUGCAUGUGGCAUAUAAUGAAUAAAGUUGCUGACAAAUUGCCAAAGAACAUGCUUGGUAGUGAAGAACUAAAGAAGGAAUUGAAUGCAUGUGUUUGGUCGGAGUUGAUAGAGCCUGAUGCAUUUGAAGAAUCUUGGCAUGCUAUAAUGGAAAGAUAUGGGCUGGCCAAUAAUGACUGGUUUUCAUCAAUGUUUGCAUCUAGAAAGUUUUGGGUUCCAGCCUUUUUCCGUGAUUUUCCGAUGAGCUCGUUGAUAAAGACAACAUCUUUGUCCGAAUCACAGAAUAGCUUCUUUAAAAGCCAUAUAUUUUGUGUGUUGAAAUAUAAGUUUGUUAAGUUGAUACCCGAGAAUUUGCAUGGAUGGAGAUGGUUGAAGUCACAGUUUGUGAAGCCAAUACAUGGAGGUUUUUGUGAUGAUGAAGAAAUACUCUCUGUUGUGGACGAGAAGAAGAUUGCAUUUAAAAACUUGUAUGCAUUAUUCUUUGAAAUAGCACAAAGUAUUGAAGGGAACAUUGACCAAAUCAAUGCAUUUACUGCAAUUAUUGAAGAAGGUAAGAAGCAGCUUUUCGGAAGUGUUGUUCUGUCUUCGACAGAGAAGAGAGCAUUGAUUGAGAAUUUCUAUGGCUCACAAGUUCCAAACAUUAUUGAAGUUCAUCCUCCUAAUGUUGUCAGUACAAAGGGAAGUGGAAGUAGGAGGAAAUCGAAGAAGGAGUCGGCAAUGAAGUUAGCAAUGAAACCAGGCCGAAAGUGUGGAAAUUGUCAUGUGAUUGGACACCAUGAUUCGAGGAACUGCAAAAAGGUGAAUGAGAAGACAAAACAGAGGCAGUGA